ACGGACUAGGUAGCACCAAAGAAUAACCGAAUUUCGUAACGACGACUACUACUACUACAAAAAUCCCAACUCUCUCCAAAAAUAAAAGACCACAAUAAGAUCAUGAAGUUGAAGAUGUUUCAACAUCUUCGUUUCUCCUGUCUCAUGGGAGGCGCAACCGCCUCCCUUGGUGCACACGCAGCGGCCGCUUGGUCUUCUGCUCCCCCUGAUGCACUUCACGCUCGAGGAGAGCUCGAAUUGUUGAACAUUUUUCCUCUGGUUCGCGAUGUCCCUCUCUCUGAAAUCUCUACGGAGGGUGCUUUGUAUGUGCUGCGCUCGUUUGCGGAUCAACCCUUGGUUCUGAGGUCCAACAAAAUCGCUGCCCAAAUCGAUAGUACCAAGGAUAGCAAGGACAAGACAUUGACGAAGAAGCAGAAUGCGCAUAAAUGGUUUUCUCUGGACAUUGGAGGUGAAUUGGCAUUGCGUAUGCAGACGUCCUUGCCUAAACCGCCAGUUUUCGCGACUAAUGUCUCGAGUGGAGAAGAUGAGGACUCGGAGACGAAUUUUCUUUAAGGCCUAUGCAUGGAUUAGUACAGUGAUAGAACAACUGAAAGCGCAUAGUAGAAGAGUUAAAUCUUCGUCUUCCGUUGGAGCAUCUGCUCUCUAGCAAGUAACCGAAUAUCUGACUUCCUAUGUCACCUCCAUGUCUAGUACUCUAAUCUGCCGCUUACCAAACCCCCUUGGAACAGGCCACCAGCAUCAAGCAGUUGGUUGCGCGUGUCGCCAACGAACCGGAGACCUUCUGGGAACCUGAGAUCGUGACUAGUCCUACUGCUACAGGCUCGUUGCUGCAUUCUGCGAUCACUGGAGGAAAUGUCGUUCUAGUCCAAGAGAUCCUGGACAUAGUCGCGGGCGUCGAAGAUGAAGACCACAUGGUGGAGGUGGAAAAAGCAGCCUGCAGGAGCAGAACGAGUAGUAGUUAUGGUUCGUUUAUUCUUGUUGUACUAGAGGUCAUUGUGAUUGAAGUCUUCGAGGGAAGAGCAACAGUAUGCUAGAUUAUUUUUCUGCAUGAUUACGAAUAUGAUUAAGUAUCUUCUAACUUCCCGGCGACUGCUCCUCUUUCAGCACAGCUACUCUUCUCUCUUCUGCACGCGAAGAGUCCUCGAGGAAUGGAACUAGUACAACUGCAGCACCUUGUUGCGGACCAACAGCGAACACCUUCUUGCGCCGGUACAGUCCAGGACGCGCGUCUGCACCUCCUGGUGGUGUCAACAUGGAUGUUACUUCAGUGUGGCGUGGACAUGAGCAAGGUCGUGUGGCUGCACUGGGAGAUUCUGGGCAUGGUCGCAAACAACGUAGGAUCGAGGAAGAAAUGUUUUCGACGCAACAAAGUUCCACAACUUCUACUGGCCAUGCGAUUUUGCCGCACCUGUUGUUAUGGCUCGUCCCAGCGAGUUGUUGUCUACUUAGAUUGAUUCAUCUAGGAAGGAAACAUGCAUAUUUAUUGAUUGAGUUCGUAUGCCUGUUCCUUAUCUGAAGAUAUUUUGUUUCCCCUUAAUGAGAUGCUGUGGAAAAGACUGUGUGCAUACUUAUCAAGAUGAUCAAAAACUGCGCUAAUGUUCUCCACCAUCGACCCCUACGCUGACGUGAUCGAACCGAUUACAACGGCUGCCGAUGUGGAUGCCGAGACCCCGAACAUCGACGAAGUGAUGGCUUUGUUGCUCACACGCUACCUGAAUCGCGAGAAGCGUCCCACUCUUGGUGAUGAGCUUAUGGGCAGCGGCGUGUCCACGGUGUUGAUGCAUGCAUUGCAAGCCUGCAGCAACUACUGGCAAACAAAAUUGGACGAAAUCAAUGAGGAGGAAGAAAAAGAAGAAGAGGAAGUAGUUGGACAAAGUAGUAGUACUAGCCCCAAUGAUGCGGAUGGAGAAGGCGAAGACGAAGACCAGGUGGAUGAUGAGAAAAGUGCAGGUUCUUCCGGUUCAUCUGGUAAGAUGCAGAAAUUCGUCGAUCAUUAUGGAUUUCAGUCAGGUAAGGUCAACAUUUAGUGUCCAUCUUUCUCGGCUUCUUGGUACCCUUUUCCCUUGUAUUCUCAUGAAAUACAAGGUACAAGGGGUCAAGAUGAGGGGGCCGAGAUGCAAUCUCGCAGACUCUAAGUCAGGAACUGAAGCUGAAGGAGAAGAUGAUGACAACAACAAAGGCAAACACACCGGCGAAAAGGAUGGUGACGUGGUAUAUUUUCCGGAUACUGCUGCGUCGACGAUGUGCACUCUGAUGCUGAACGAAUUGAUGUUUCGCGGAGCAGAUAUUUUUCGAUUGUUAAGAACGUCAUGGUUGUGUAGUUUUUGAAGUAGACCAACUUCGUGGGUUCAGUAGAAUUUCUAGAACACAGAAUCAAAGGAUAAGUACUUAUACCCCACCACAGGAAUGAACUCUAGCUUCUAGCUCUAAACUUGACAGGCAAUGUGGAAAAGCGUGAGCCUCCUGCGCAGAUGAACGCACUGCAUUUCGCGAUCUCAAAACCUGUUUUAGCGCCUGAAGUUCUGGAAAUGCUUUUGCAGGGAGCGAGAGGUAAGUACCUAACAGUACCAAAUCGUGAUAGAACAGAAACAUGUGGGUUUCUUAUGACAGGAUCGGAAAGAUGAAUUUAUCGCCAUGCUGACAUCAUACCUGACUGUUGUACUUGUAGUUGAAGUUUUCUGAAAAUUCAUCUACGUUUUCCACCUAUCUUGAUCUUCAGACCGCCAUCUCGCUCAAGGAGGCAACCAGGCUGAGUGGAUGGAGAAGAUCAAUCGCGCAACUCCACGCGACGACGGUUUGCUCUCUCCCCUGCAUAUGGCUGCACAAAGUUCCGAUAUUGACGGCAUCGAGUUGCUCUACCAAUACGGUGCUGACCCUUUGGCUCGCGAUGUUGAGGGCAAAACGGCGUUGUUCCAUGCUGAAAACGCUGAGAUGGCCAAAGCUCUGGUGUGGGAAGCAACGCGUGCGUCACUGCUGCCACCGCGUUCCGAAAGAGUGAAGGAAAAGUACUUCAACCUGCCAGAAGGUAUGGAGGCUAUGACCUACGUUGAGGGAGAAGACCAUGCUAGCACACGUCCUAACACGAAAUUUGAUGCUGAUUUGGUCAAGAAAAUGCUCUUCGCUACGGAUGAGACCGGUGCCACAGUUUUGUCUCAUGCUGUGACGACCAUGGCUGACAUUGUCGACGAAGCACCUCGUGGGAAGAAGAGGCCGCCAACUAGAGAGGUGGAAAGAGAGGCUGGCGAAACGACUAAGGAGUUGUUGGAAACGCUGAUCAAAUUCGCUGCAGCAGCGGAUGGUCGAAAAUUUGAGGCAGGUAUUUUUCUACUUCAACAGUACUAGACUAGUACAAAUGGAUUAUAUGAAUGUGACAGUCGUGAAAACCAUGAUUAUGAUAUCAUUUCAUGAUGUAGUCCCGCUUGAGAUUGAGGUGGGCUGCUUGUCUCUACAAAUCAACCCACGUGGAUCCCAGACAUCGUCAACUUCCGCGAAGGCAGCUUCGGAAAGACUGCUCUCUUUCGCGCUGCUGAGCAGCAAAAAUGGGGCAUUUACAAGCUGUUGGCUGAAACCUAUCAUGCCAACGACCUAUUGGGCGAUGGUCAGGGGCAUGUGCCUCGACAGAUGCGUCGCGCUUUUAAGGUGCUUUUACUGAACAACAGCGGUAAAUGUGCAUCUUCAGCUGGUGCAGGACGGUCGACCUUUAUGGGGGGAAGUGUUAGAGGAGAAGAAAAAGAAGAAUAACUAAAUGCAGCAAUUAACGUCACCUCUUGUCAGGCAUAUCAGUCAAUCAAUCACUCACAUGGAAGUAGACCUUGAUCUUGACAGAUUGCUUUAUCCUUAUGAUCGUGAAAACUUCUUACGACGUCGAAUCUAGCAGUACUAGUAGGUGAAAGCGAAUAUCAGUGAGUAAUCAAAAACUGAAAACAAGCGAAUAACAAAUACAUUCACCGAGUAUCUGCGAUUGUUAUCUAGAUUACUUACUCGCUUAUUUCAGUCUAUCGAGUAGUUAUGAAUACAUUAAUACGGUCGUCGGAACUCGUCCUACUUCUGCUUGUACUUCUAACGGCUCCCGCAUGCCUAAUAACGCAGCUACAACAACGUCAAUGGAAGCCCUCGUUUCUCCGCUCAGUUCCGAUUCGGAGUCCAUGGAUUUCGAACAGGCGGAUGAAGAAGAGGAGGAAGAGAAGGCGAUGAAGAGUUCUAGCGAGUCUAUGUCUUGAUCGUUGAAGAGUUCUACAUCUACUAGUUUUGCUGGAGUCUACGAAGUAGACCACUAGACAAGGCUAGAAUAAGUACUUCACGGAGGAGGUGAAUAUGAAACCGCUAUAAUUAACAACAUCUAGUACUUCAAGAAAUUUUAGGACUAGACUCAAUUAGAAGAUUUUCUACUCGAUUCGAGGAUUUUGAUAGAAGAUUUACAACUUCGCUCUGACUGCAGGAGGUGGUCGAGCAUGUUGUACUCGAUAGAAGAUAAGUACUAACAUGAUGUGCUUCCAUCCAGCAGACGUCCGCUAGUUAGCACAUCCUGCUUACUCCUCAAGAUGAAGCGAAGUCUAAAAUCUACUGCAAUACCACGUCCUCGGGGCUCACACAGACAUAUAGAGAGAACACGCAUAGGGACACUAGCAUAGCUACACGCAGAUGGAUGCUCAGAGGGAGUUUAUAAGAAUUUCAAAUCAUGUCUUCAAUCUAAUGCUAAUGAUCUGAUGUAGUUGUAGUUGUAGGUAAGAAAUCUUUGUAUCUUCAAAAACAUAACGAUGGAUGGAUUAAAAUCGCUAAUAAAUAUGCUAAGAAUGAUUUUAAAAAGGCGUUUUUUCAUAGAUAUGAGGGAAGCAAAAAGCUGUUAUGGUGUGAGGGUGACGAAAGAAAGCUUGUUGAUGUAUAAUUCAUUAGGGAAGUUUGUGUGUCAGUGUACGAAAAGAUUGGGACGCGUCUCUCGUCCCUGGGAUGUUGUCAGCGGACUUCUUAUUUGCAGACAUGAUUGCCGCAUGAUGCUUACUCCGCUAAGGAAUCACUGUCAGCCAGAAAGAUGAAGCCUCGACGUUGGGGACGAUUAGGGUACGACCAGAAGUGAUAUAUUUUGAGCCGGAAGUUAUGAGCUGUAUGGUCGUGUAACUUGGUCAAACUGGCGGUACUGGUGGGCCUCCUCUAACCUCAAAAACCCAGCAUCACAACAAUUUACGACUAGAUUUAGAAGACUUAACGAACCUAAGGAGAAGAACCAGAAGUUAGCACAAGCAAGUGGUUCAGUGACAAAUACCUCUUUUCGAAGUUCUAGCGAAGAUGAGUUCGCUAAGGAAUCACUGUCAACCAGAAAGAUGACCUUUGACUUUGAGGCACACUUCAAUUACAUAUAUGUCUCGACGUUUUUUCAUUUUCGCAAGAAACGAUUUUUAACUCAACAACUACUGGUGGCACUCUGCCUAACUACUCAGAGAUUGCCAAAGAAGGCACUGCAGUUUCUGCGC